UAUUAAUCAACUUCCGGUUAAAUUUGUACUGGGUUGGAUUUUGACAGUUUAGAUAUAGAUUUAGAUCAUCAUUAAUACUACAUAUUUAAUGGAAGCAAAGCCAAUCGUAACAUGUCAUGGUGAUCAGACAAUAUUCUCAUCAUUACAUCCAACUCUAGUACAAACAUUGCCAAAGGAGACUACAGAAUGGAGAAGGUCAUACGGUAGACCACCAAAGACAGUACACAUUGAAGCCAGUUUUGUACCUUAUGAUGAAGAUAUACUACCAAAAGAAACAGACAAAACAUUAGUCAGCAGACCUUAUUUCCAUGUCUUCUGGGUAGAUUCUGAUUUAGAAACCUACAAACAGACAGCCAAAGAAGAACUAACAGAAUGGCAUACUGCACUGAAAAACAAUAACAUUCCUGAUUGGCUGAUUGUAGUUGUCAGUAACGAUGAUUCUAAAGCUAAAACUAAACUACUUCCAAGGUCAUCUGUCAUAGACAAGGUCAAAAAUGAUUUCUGUGGCAAACAACCAGAUAGAUGUAUUGCUAUCACAGAUCCAUUGAAACAGGAACAAAAAGGCCAGGAGAGCUGGACAGCCUUGUUACAGAGGCUGAGAAACCUAUUAUUACAAGCUUAUAAUCGACAUCUAUCUAAAUAUGAGGAGAACAUGAGACUGAUGAGGGAGAGGAGGAAUGAACCUGGAUGGGGAUUUAUACAGUUCUUUCUAAUACAGGAGGAGCUUGCCUUCAUGUUUGAGAUGUUAGGUCUGUAUGAUGAUGCUAUGAUACAGUAUGAUGAGUUAGAUGCUUUGUUUAGUCAGUUUGUUAUUACUAAAGUAUCAGGCACUGCUGUACCCUGGCUGACAAAUAACUUCUUAGAGUGUAAAUCGUGGGCUGGUAUCUCUCUACAGAAAGCUAUCAACCGUGACAGGCGAGACCAAAUAAAAGACAAUAAGGCUAGUCUGAUAGAGUUUAGGAAUUAUUUAUUCUCUAGACAAUGUGCAUUGUUGUUCUUAUUAGGGAAGCCAUCAGAGGUGUCCAGAAGAGCCAUGGAGUUCCUGUAUAACACUGUUCUGGAAGUCAUGAAACUUAAGAUAAGUGUCAUUCCUGGAGCCUUAGAUUGUUGGUCAUUUGUAAGUGCUUUAGAAGUUCUACAGACCUGUGAGAAAUACGAGGACUUGUACAAUCCAGAACUGUUCUAUUUGUACAGAGCUACACUUUGGGAUCAUGCUAGGAAAAAGCUGUACAGUUUGGGAGAACUAUGUGGUUUGAUGCCCGAGGAUGAUGUACAGCCUAGGUCAGAACAGUUGACAAUGGUGUUAGACUUAACCUCCGGAAUGGGAAUAGCGGAAGAAAAUGAUGCAGUUAAUGUAAACAACCAGCCAAGACCUAGGGAUAAACUGAGGGAGGCUCUUUCAUCAAAGGACUCAUUCCAGAAAAUUUAUUUGGAACUGUUAGAGCAAGCAAUGGGAACAUUUAAACAUAUCGGCAGAUACAGAUGUGCUCGUCUUAUAACCAAAGAUUUAGCUUUGUUUUAUAUGAGAAUGGGUCAUCCAGAGAAAGCUGAAAAUUAUUUAUCAGAGGCUGUGAAGAGCUACCAUCAAGAGGGAUGGUCACAGUUGAGCGAGGGUACCAGACUUGAUCUAGCUAGAUGUCAAGAGAAGCUCAAAAACAAACAUAAAUUUUUACAAACAGCAGUAUACAUAGCAAGUAGUUUAACAUUACCAGAGGCAGAUAGACGACAGUACUUGGAAAGGUUAUAUGAAGAAGCCAAAAACAGUACAGAAACUAGUCCCCUGAAAGCAAGUCCAUUGAUUACAGUGGAGGAAAUGUCAUUUACAAAACCUGAAGUUUAUAUAAACCAUGUGGUAGAAGUGGAGUUAAAAAUUAAAAACAAAGGACCAUGUGAUGUAUCAUGUGAUAAAAUAUGUCUGUCAUUCACUCAAGUCAAAUCUAGUCAGAAUACUAAGCCAGUAGUCAGUCGACAAGCCAGCGACACAAGUCUGACAGAAAAUGUAGCAAACUGUAGACCUAUAUCUAAACCUACUGCUAAUAUGAUACCGUUACAAGAGAACAUUGAAGGGAGUCUUAAAAGUCCUGUACUGUGUGGGGUGUCUUGUUUUCAGUCUAAAGAUUUACUUAGAAGGGUAGAUAGUGCUGGUAGUAAGACAGUUACCAAACAACCAGCUGUAAAGAAGGAGGAUUAUGCAUUGUGUAUUUCUGGACAAGAUAUAAUUCUGAAACCUGGAGAGAAUGUCAUUGUUUUGUCAAAGAAGAUUGAAAAGGUGGGAGUGUUUAGAACAAAUCAGUUUUGGGUGAAGAUUGGAAACCUAGAUUUGAUAAAGACAUUGGAUGUACAGACCAGUUUUACCUCAUCUUACCACCAACCUCUAUGUCAGAUUAACCCUACUUGUAGAGAUAAAUUGAUAAUGGGUAUAGAAAAUGAGGUGGAACUCAACAUAGAAAAUAGCAAUCUUAAUCUAGAAACUGGACAGCAAUUAGAAGUUGUGACCUCCUCUGACCUACAAGUUAAAACAUCUGAUGGUAGCAAAUUUCUUACCAUUGAUGAAAGUACAAAAGACAAAUCAUUGAAAUUUCAGUUCACACUCUAUCAUGAUAUUAUUGAAAAUGAAAGUAUUGAUUUUAUGAUUAAAAUAGCCUGUGACAGUUUUCCUCAGCCAUUACUUACAGGUGUAACAUUUGUUUCACCUCUGCUCGCUUCACACAAAGUGCAUACAGCCAACAAAAGGAAAUAUCUACAGAUAGCUCUGGAAGGACAUUCUGAUAGUAGUUUCACUCUACAGGAUCCAACAGCAUCUACAACUAACAAAGAUGUAGAAUUUAUAUGUCUCAGCAAGCCAGAUCAGAAAUGGAACGUGUAUAAAAGUCAACGUGUGUCCUACCUUUGGGAACUGAAGUGUAAUACAGAAAGUGUGAUGUCACUUCCUGUCUUCUUCCAUGUCAACUAUAUCUGCUCUCUAGAACAGAAACAAAGGACAUUCAGCUACACAUGCCAAAUAGAUAACUUUAGGACUCAGUAUCAUGUGAGAGUUACAGUAACACCACAGGGAGACAAUAAACACUGUCAAAUGAGUGUCCUGUCCUGUAUGAAAAUAGAAGUAACAUCAAUGUACUCCAAUUAUACUGAGGACAGAGUACUAUAUAGAGUGGAUGAUGACUCAUUCUGGGCAGUGUCUGGUAAAAGUGCAGGUUUACUAAAUAUUGCCAAUGGUCACGGCUCUAUAGAGAUUGAUGUGAUGGCAAUAACUGCAGGUCACCUGCCUUUACCUAAAGUUACUUUAUGUCAAUAUAAAGAGAACACAGAAAUAGUCAAACAGGAGAGUGUUGAAUCUGAACCUCCACCCUCACCAUCACCACAGAGGACUUCUCAAGAUAAUUUACUUCCGUUCCAGCAGGGCCAGGUCUACUAUGCCAGUAUUGCUAAACAAGUGCAUGUGUACCCAAAUUCUAUAAAUAGUCAUAUGGAAGCUGUAAUAGACAAUAAGUUAACAGAUGUAAAAAUAUAAAAUUUAUUAUUAUAAAACUUUAUACUUAUUUAAUUCUUUCCAUUUUAUCUGUGAUAAUAUAAAAUAAAGAUGUUCA